GUCAGUGCAAUUUGACCGAUAAAGACCGACUCAAGCCUCUGAAAUCCUUAAUUCCGAAGUAUAGGGUGCAUAGCUAAGGGUGAUAUGAACCGGAGGGUCAAUCAUUGAUUUCUGACGUCACAGAACCGCAGACGCAGUAGACACCCCAACAAUACAACCAGUGCGGUUAUCCCUGCAGUCUUUGUAAUCAAAAUCCAGUGACAUGUCGUAGCUUCCGUCUCUUCCCUUCGUUUUUUAACUCUUUGAUAACAUUAAUAACAAUAAUAAUAACAAAAGUACUUUUAGGACUAGUGAUAAUAAGUAUUAUUCUAACAAUCGAACAAGCGACGUACAAUGUUUCAGGCUUCUCUAGACAGUUAUUUGCCGUACAUCGGUGGAGCAGGUGCCUUAGUACUGACUGGAGUAGCAGCAUACUAUGCAACAAAACCGAUUCCCGAAACACCACUGAUGCCUCUUGAUGCUCAAUCGAGGCUACUUCCGGGAGCUGAAUACAUUCGCGUGUCUAAGUUCUACAAGGACAGCAAGGAAGGUAAAUUCGUCAGCUACAUACACGAUGAUGUGCGCACACUAUAUGACUCCUUUCGCAAAGGAGCUAAAGAAUCCAAUAACGGACAGUGCCUUGGAUGGAGGGACGGACCAAACAAGCCUUACCAGUGGUUGAACUACAACGAGACGCUACUGCGGGCAAAAAAUCUUGGCUCCGGACUCCUGGCCUAUGGGUUGACUCCUGGACCACAAACCCUCGUCGGGCUUUACAGCCAGAACAGUCCAGAAUGGAUCCUCACCGAGCAGGCCUGUUACACGUACUCCCUGGUGGUGGUGCCCCUGUAUGACACACUUGGACCUGACGCCUGUGCCUAUAUCAUCAACCAAGCGGAAAUUAGUCUAGUCAUUUGCGAGGAUGAUAAAAAGUGCAAUCUGCUGCUCGACAAAGCUCCCAGAUGCCUGAGGAAACUUGUAGUAGUAAAAGAAACACGUCCAGCGACGAUCCAGCGGGCAAAGAACCGCGGAGUGGAGCUACUGCGCUUUGAAGAUGUUGAGCGAACGGGAGCGCAGAAAAACUACCCGGAAAUUCCGCCGAAGCCAACCGAUUUAUGCACAAUUUGCUACACAUCUGGUACCACAGGACACCCGAAAGGUGUGAUGUUGAGUCAUCAAAAUGUGAUGGCGGGUGUCUGCGCAGUUUUGCUCCAACUUGGUGAUCACAGGCCUACUUCGAAGGAUGUAAUGAUCAGUUUCCUGCCCCUGGCGCACAUGCUGGAGAGGUGCUGUGAAAACGGGAUGUACAUUGUUGGUGGAUCUGUUGGAUUCUACAGCGGGGAUAUCAAGCAGCUUCCAGAAGACAUGAAGGCUCUAAGACCCACCGUUAUGCCUGCGGUUCCUAGGCUGCUCAAUCGGCUUUACGACAAGGUCCAAGCAGAACUCCAAUCAUCAUUUUUCAAAAGGAUGAUUUUCAACAUGGGCAUAAGCUCAAAGGAAGCCGAAAUAAAGAAGUGUAUAAUCCGAAGCAACAGUUUUUGGGACAAAUUAGUGUUUAAGAAAAUCCAAGAGUCGAUGGGCGGUAGAUUAAGAUUAAUAGUUGUCGGGUCAGCGCCUCUGGCGGGUAACGUCCUAACUUUUGCACGCUGUGCUCUGGGCUGUCUCAUAGUCGAAGGUUAUGGACAAACUGAAUGUUGCGCUCCGAUCACUCUUACUAUUCAGGGUGACUACAUACCAGAGCACGUGGGACCUCCCGUCGCUUGCUGCUGUGUUAAGCUAGUGGAUGUACCUGAAAUGGAGUAUUGGGCGGCUAAUAACCAGGGGGAGGUCUGUGUUAAAGGCACUAAUGUUUUUUAUGGCUACUAUAAAAAUCCUGAAAAAACCGCGGAGGUUAUUGAUCAGCAGGGCUGGCAUCAUACUGGUGAUAUUGGAAUGUGGCUUCCGAAUGGCUGCCUAAAAAUAAUAGAUCGUAAAAAACAUAUCUUUAAGCUGUCCCAAGGAGAAUAUAUAGUCCCGGAAAAAAUAGAAAAUAUUUAUAUAAGAAGUCAAUAUGUGCAUCAAGUAUUCGUCCACGGUGAAUCACUAAAAUCAUGUGUCGUUGCAAUAGUGAUACCCGACGUAGACGUCGUAAAAUGCUGGGCCCUGGAGAACAAGAUACCCGGUACUCUAAGUGUCCUUUGUGCGAAUCCGGACGUCAAAAAAUUAAUUCACGAGGAUAUGCUCACGUGGGGUCGAGAGGCCGGUUUAAAGUCCUUCGAGCAAGUUAAGGAUAUUUACCUCCACCCCGACCCCUUUUCGAUCCAAAAUGGCCUGCUAACACCGACACUAAAAACAAAGCGCCCUCAACUUAAGGCGUAUUUUAAACCUCAAAUUGAGGAUCUCUAUCAAAAUUUAGACUGAUUUCAAUAAAUUAUUAAUAUUAUUAAAUAAUUAACUUUCUUCUAAUCAUUAAUUGUUAUUAUUAUUAAUACAAAUAAUAAUAUUAAAAUUAGUACCGCAGAAGUAAAAAGCUAUCGCUGAAUAAAUCUUGCCUCGAAAAAUUAUUAAUUUUUUUCACCAUUUUAUUAUUAAAAAUAAACACUUGCUGCUAUUAUUAUAAUAAUAAUAAUAAUAAUGAAACUCAAAAAUGUUGAUAGUAAUAAUUAAUAAACAUAAACAGCUAUUACCCUAGAGCUGGGAAGUUUACUUAGUUGAAAUAAAG